AUGACGUUCAUAAAAACCUGGCGAAUUCGCUCAUUUAGAGCUCGCCUUCUUGAGUUUUUAAGUGGUAACACGAGUGUAGCUUUCUGUAAAGUUCCUGAAAAUGCUGCAGAAACUCCAACAUUAAGUUCUAAGUUAUGUACAAAUCCAAAGAAUGCUUAUCUAUGUGAUCUCCUCGAUUAUACAAAUACUACAAGAAUCUGUAGUAUGAAGCCAACACAAUGCAUUGAAAUUACUGACUGGGUGUCAUGUGCUGGUGGGCUACCACUUGGCUCCUGUGAACAGUCACCCAUCACAGACUUAGAUGUUGAUAUACUCUUUGAGUGUGAAAUGGAUCCUCAUGAAGACGCUGGUCAAGACAUUAUAACUCUUGAGUCAAUGGGACAACCUAUAGCCUGGAAGGCAGGCUCACACCUAGCCAUAGUUUUAAAGACUAAUAUUGAGCAUCUUAGUAUGAUUGGUUUCAACUUUGUUGGUGGAGAAUUUGUUAUUGAUCAUAACCUACCAGUUGUUAGAAUACAAACCGUGCAACUACAAGGUGAACCAAAUAAGGCUUCAGAUCCGUCAAUGAGGAGUUUACGAAGUGACAUCCAAUACAAUCUCAAACAUUCCACAAGUGAUUUCCAAUGGCCAGUUCAUGCUGCCCUACUUAGAAAGCUUUCCAAGGUUGUAGACAUUAAAUCAGACAACAAGCAACCUGUACAUAUGAAUGGCAGCAGCGAUUUAGUGCUUGAAGUACCACAACCUGUCAAAAGACCUGUAACAUUGGCUGAUGUCAGUGUUAACACAGGCAAGUCACUUUCAGGUGAAGAUGAUGAGCACGAGGAGACAAAUAAAACACCAGAACCUGUACAAAAGACUGAAGAGAAACAAGUAGAGCCUGAGCCCCUGGCUGAAGACAAAGAAGUAGUUGUUGAAAAUGUCACUGUAGAAAUACAACACAACAUUACACCAAAGAAAUCUAGUUUAAAACUUGAUUUAAAGAAAGGCACUAGUCAGCUCUCUACUUCUCUAUUAAACAUAUCUAGCCAAAUAAAAUCUAUUACAACUCACAAGAGAAUAGUCAGUACUACAGGGCCAAAGAGGCCGCAAUCUCAAAUAGAAUGUUACCCACCAGUUAAGGAGGAGAAACCUAGAGGAUCAACAUCUCAGGAGAGUACUCCUAAGUCUGUAAAAAGUUCCCGUCCAUUAGUAAAUACUAAAUCACCAAAUGUGUUGAUAUAUUCUGAUAGUGUAGUAGCUAGAGAUAAUUUGGAGGCAUCUUUAAAGAAAGUGCUGGAUUGCGAUAGGUACACAUUAUACGUGGUGUCGCGGGAAGCGCUAGAGGGCGGCGCGUGGAGAGGACGCGCUGCGCUGGUGGCGGUGGCGGGCUGCGUGGGGCGCGCCGCCCCGCUACUGCUGGCGCACCUGCUCUCUGGUGGCCGACUCCUAGCGUUGUGUUCUGACCUUCUGCACGCCGUGCUGCCCUAUUAUAAGACUGCUGAGGUUCGUGAAAAUGAAAUAGUGCAAUUCACAUAUGAUAAAUGGAAGUCGGUAAAAAUGAAACAUCACAUAUUCUGCUACCAGGCUUCGCCCGCUAAGAAACAAUUUUCUACUGAAAGCGACAGACAGCCAUCGAAAUACACCGGACACCCAGGGCACGAGCUGGAUAUCCAAGUCCUGGCAUCGGAGGAGACAUGGCGAACGCCUUCGCUGCUGCAGGCCACCGACCUCACCAACAGUGGGAUUGCUAUCUUCUCACAGAUCCACUUAGAAGCCGAUCCUAGCGACUACUUAGGCGAAGAAGGAAUGAUAAGCAACGAGGCUCGUCUGGGCAUCAUUCACAAAAUUCUCGGAGACAUCUUAGGACUCCACGUGAAGGACCCACAGGAACUAACCCAGAUCGAUUACACAAGAGGCUUUUUCUUAGGAAACCAUGUGAACAAGCUGCAACUGGUGGAACGGUGUGCGGUGGUGGACGGUGCGCGGAUUCAGAAGUGCGAUAACGUCAUGAUACAAUGGUGCCUGCGCGGGGAGACGCCUCGAGAACCGCCCUCCGAAACAUUCCUGCCCGUUUACGUAUACGAAUGUCCAGAACAUUUCUCCACCGUUGAAUAUUUUGAUAACCUUAGCUCGGGUUCAAUGGGUCGUCUAGUGGUGUACGCCGACGUGAUGCCGUCCACUCAUAACGUGACGAGCGUGCCGCUGGGCCACGGCGUGGGCUCCGUGGCGCUGCGCCAGACGUCCGGCCGCGGCCGCUUCGGGAACCGCUGGAUUGGACCCAAGGGACAAGCUUGCAUGUCUUUACAGGUGUGGCAAACGAUCUCUCCCACGCUGCCCCUGAUGCAGCACGCGGCCGCGCUGGCCGCCGUCCGCGCCAUCCGCACCGCGCACAGCUAUGAACACCUCGACAUCAGAAUAAAGUGGCCUAACGACGUGUACUUCGGGCGUGAAGUGAAAAUUGGUGGUACGAUAACCACCGCUAACUGUUACGGUGAUAACGUCUAUGUCAACAUAGGUACCGGUGUGAACAUAUCAAACAGCGUGCCCACAACGUGCAUUAACGACAUUAUAGCAGAGCACAACAGGCAGCACGGCACGAGCUUGGCGCCCUGGUCCAUCGAGAAGUUCCUCGCGCGGUACGCCUCGCAGCUCGAGAGGAUCAUUGACAAUUUGAACACGGACGGUGGGGUCGAUGCCUUCCUGGAACAGUACUAUGAGUACUGGUUGCACGAUAAUGAAUCAAUCCGCAUUCAAAACGAGGCUACAUCGAGUCCAGUGGAGGGCACAAUAUCGGGGCUAGACGAGGCGGGCUGGCUCGUCGUCAGAACGGAGUCGGGAGACGUGCGCGUCGAACCUGACGGCAACUCAUUCGAUAUCAUGAACGGACUCAUCGCGCCCAAAAUUAAACCUCAAGUUAAGUAG